UCAGCAUUUGAUCACCGCAGGUGCUGGCCGAGCACGGAGCGUGCGGCCAUAAUGGGGAGGUCGCGGUAGGCGCCCUGCAGCCCGGCUCCCGUGUCCUCCGCUUCGCUCCUGCGCUAAUAAGCUUCGCGCAGAGUGGGAGCAGCCUGCGCCAGGCGCGCGCGGCCGCGGUGUUUCCAUGACGACGACGUCGGGGACCCGGGUGGGGUCGGCUUGGGCGCAUGCGCGCGUGCGGGUCGCGGUGCGUACUCCGUCCUCCUUCCUGAGUCGCCCGCGCUGCUGGUCGCGGUUCCGUGAACCGCGGUAAGAGCGAGGGCGGCCCCGGGCUCCCUCCUCGGCCAUGGCCCCCGCGCCCAGGUUCUUGCUGUCGCCGCCGACUUUGCUGCUGCUGCUGUUGCUGCUGAGCCUGGCACUGCUAGGCGCCCGCGCCGAGUCCGCCGCCGGGAGCGCUGUCCCCGCGCAGAGCCGUCCGUGUGUGGACUGCCACGCGUUUGAAUUCAUGCAGCGCGCCCUUCAGGACCUACGGAAAACGGCCUACAGCCUGGACGCGCGGACGGAGACCCUUCUCCUGCAGGCUGAGCGCCGGGCUCUGUGUGCCUGCUGGCCGGCUGGACGCUGAAGAUCCUCGGCCAGUGAUGUUCCCUGUCAAUAAAUGCCUGCUAGCAUGCCUG